GCAGGUCAGGGGUUGUGUUAUUGUACCCGAGAGGGAGAGGGACGGAGGGAGGGAGAGAGAGAGAGAGAGAGGGGGUAACCUCCGGCGAAUCCAUGGCCUUCGAGGACGACGAUCUCAUCUUCCUUCGACGCCGCUGCCGACGACGGAGAUCCCUUCCCCUUAUCAUCCAUCAUGUCCAGCUGCUUCGGUACAAACCCUUGUUGGCACUUGAUCGGCCGACUCCGGUACUCGGACAACGAGGUCCUUCCGACCCUGAGGAUCCCCCAAUUCCGGGAUUGUUUUGAAUGCUCAAAUUAUCAGAUCUUUCACCCUCUUGUAUUGUUGAGACCUCAAGGUUCAACCGGGCAGGAUACUACGAGGAAGAUUGUCCCCUUUACCAUGCUAGGGCCUCAAGCUGUUUGCAUCAUUCCUGCUACAGGUUUAAUUUCAAGUGCUACACUUAAACAGGCUGAUUCUUCUAGAGGUACAUUAACCUAUGAGGUGUGGCUCCUUUAUGUAUCCUAAAUUUUUCAUUUCUUAUGUUACUUGAUUUAACUUAAGUGAUUGUUGCUUUUGAAUGUUGAACAAGAUAUUUUGAGACCUCUGCUAGAAACUUUACUCCUGUUCUUUCGUGGCAGUUUGAGACAUGUUUACUUACCAUUGAUGAAAUUUAUGUGUAGUUAGCUAAAUAUCAAUUGUUUGGCUAACAAACGUGAGAUGCAACAAUGUUAUGAGUGGUAUCUAUG